AUGACGCAACCUAUGAGGCCCUGUGCAACAGAUAGCCUUUACAAGGAUCUUGAGGCAAAGUACGGGCUCCGGGAGGUCCAGUUACCUGAAAACAUGCAUUUGCGUCCGCUUAAUGUAUUUGAUUUAGACGCUGUGGACGAACUCGAGGCAGCAGCGUUCUCGCCUUCGGAACGGGCCAGCCGCGAGCGGAUCGAGUAUCGGUUGAGGACGUGCCCCGAAUUGUGUUUGGGUUUGUUCAAGCGUGAAUACGUGUGGGACGAGGAAGCCAGCGAAGGUGCCGUAGGUGUCGCUGCUGCCAAGGCCACAGAAUGCAAAGAGACGAUCGUAGGGCACAUCCUGGCAACAAAGAUGCUAACCGACACUAUUGUCGACGAGGCCAUGGAAAUUCCCGAUCUGGAUAAGAGGGGGAUCCCGGUUAACAAAUCCGACAAACGCGGCCAUCAGGAAACCGGUAGAUUCAUUGGUAUCCACGCUGUUGCCAUCCAUCCGGAUUUCCAGCGGAUGGGUCUAGGCUUUGUUAUGCUAAAGGACUACGUGCAGAGUCUGUUCUCCCUCCAAACUGCCGACGGCAUUUCCAUUAUUGUACACGACAAGUAUGUUUCUUUCUACGAGCGAAAUGGGUUUGAAAACCGCGGCAAGUCCGAGUGCCAAUACGCAGGGUCCACUUGGCUUGAUAUGUACUUACCAUUCGACACUUACGACGAUCGUUCGUGGGAAUAG